UCAUCAUAAGCCUGGUGCAGAAAGGUCUUGGAGAAGGAGAACUGGAGAUGAUGAUUGGGAUAGUGAAUUGGAUGAUGACUUACUAGGAGAAGAUUUAUUGACUGGCAAAAAGACUCAGUCAGAUAUAUCAGAUGAAGAACUGAAUGAUGAUCUUCUGCAAAGCGAUAAUGAAGAGGACCAACAUUACAGUACUCAAGAUGUCACUGUGAGUCUUAAUGCUGCAUCUAGCAUGGUUACAUCCUUCGAGCUCUCAGAGAAUGCUAAUGACCCAUCUAUUGAACAAGACUCAGAGUACGAACAUGGAGAAGAUGAAAUUAGUUAUGACAAAUCAGAUGUUCCUGAAGAAUAUGCAGAGGAGUAUUCAGAAGGACAGUAUGAAGGCCAAGAGGCUGAGUUGACAGAAGACCAAAUAGGCUAUGGGGAAGACCAGGGUGAAGAAGAGAAUUAUAACGAUGAAGUGCUGGAUCUUGAAAUCAAUGAACCUCUAGAUGAAUUUCCAGAUGAAGAUUAUAUGCAGCAAGUAAUCAAACAAGAAUAUGUAGCUGAAGAAGAGUUAGAAGAGGUUGUUGAUACCCAGACACCUCCAAAUGAGUCAGAAGAGGCAGUUAUUGAAAAUCUGGAGUUUCAAGAAGAGACAAAAGAAGAAUCAGAUGAGGAGGAAGAAGAUGAUGAAGAGUCUGGUCGGUUACGUUUCAAAACUGAACGGAAAGAAGGGACAAUUAUUAGGCUAUCAGACGUAACAAGGGAGCGAAGAAACAUUCCAGAAACUUUGGGUAAGACUUUUGAGAAAUAG